UUCCAUCUCUCUGAGUCAUCUCCCCUCCCCCUCUGCCACACGUCUCACCCCUCCUCCGCCUCCUGCUCUCCUCUCUCUCUCUCUCUCUCUCUCUCUCUCUCUCUCAUCCUCUCCAGUAUUUUCUUACAGUCGCUGAAAGGCAGAGCACACACAGGCGGCAGGAUGUCGAUCGUCAGCAUCGUUGCCAGGGAGAUCUUGGACUCCCGGGGAAACCCCACGGUGGAAGUGGACCUUCGCACAGAGAAAGGUCUGUUCAGGGCUGCGGUUCCCAGCGGAGCGUCCACUGGGAUCUAUGAAGCGCUGGAGCUGCGGGACGGAGACCAGAGCCGCUACAAGGGCAAAGGGGUUCUGACGGCCGUGGGCCACAUCAACGACUCGCUGGCGCCGGCUCUCAUAGCCUCCGGCGUCAGCGUGGUGGAGCAGGAGCAGCUGGACAACAUGAUGAUCGAGAUGGACGGCACGGAAAACAAAUCCCAGUUCGGGGCCAACGCCAUCCUGGGCGUGUCUCUGGCCGUCUGUAAGGCCGGCGCCGCAGAGAAGGAGGCGCCGCUGUACCGCCACAUCGCCGACCUGGCUGGAAACACGGAGCUGGUGCUGCCGGUGCCGGCCUUUAACGUGAUAAACGGAGGCUCUCACGCAGGAAACAAACUGGCCAUGCAGGAGUUCAUGGUUCUUCCCGUCGGAGCCGAGUCCUUCAAGGAGGCGCUGAGGAUAGGCUCGGAGCUGUACCACACCCUGAAGGGAGUGAUCCAGGAGAAGUACGGCCAGGACGCCACCAACGUGGGGGACGAGGGGGGAUUCGCUCCCAACAUCCUGGAGAACAGCGAGGCUCUGGACCUGCUGCAGACGGCCAUCGAGAAAGCCGGCUUCACGGACAAGGUGGUGGUCGGGAUGGACGUGGCCGCCUCCGAGUUUUACCGCGACGGGAAAUAUGACCUGGACUUCAAAUCGCCCCCGGAUGCAGAGCGACGCAUCACCGCGGAGGAGCUGGCCGACAUCUACCAGGGCUUCGUCAACAACUACCCAGUGGUGUCCAUCGAGGACCCGUUCGACCAGGACGACUGGGAGGCCUGGUCCCGCCUCACGGCCCAGGUGGGGAUCCAGGUUGUUGGGGACGAUCUGACGGUGACCAACCCCAAGAGGAUAGAGAAGGCGGCCGAGGAGCGAGCCUGCAACUGCCUGCUGCUCAAAGUCAACCAGAUCGGCACAGUCACCGAGGCCAUACAGGCGUGUAAACUGGCUCAGGCCAACGGCUGGGGGGUGAUGGUGAGCCACCGCUCAGGAGAGACCGAGGACACCUUCAUCGCUGACUUGGUGGUGGGCCUCUGCACCGGACAGAUUAAGACCGGCGCUCCCUGCAGAUCCGAGCGCUUGGCCAAGUACAACCAGCUCAUGAGGAUCGAGGAGGAGCUGGGCGACCAGGCCCGCUUCGCAGGGCACAACUUCAGGAACCCCAGCGCCCUGUGAAGCUCACAGACCGACGAAUGAAUCACAUACCAACACACCGAACACGGAAAGAGCCAUGAACCAAGAACGAUGACAAAAGAGCCAAAAACCCAAAACGACUCAAUCAAAUAUGCACCGGAGCUUUAGGACGGCGCUGUACGCUCACGCAGCAGGGACUAAAGCCAGACAUGCACUGUUACUGUAGUUUUAAAGGAAUAGUUCAUGUACAGCCAGAGGACAAACCUGCAAAAACACAGAGGAGCAAAGAGCAAAUAAAAAGAGGGAGACAGCAGCAGCUUCAGGGAGCGAAGGCGCUGAGUCACCGUCUGCUCGGCCUCCGUCCUCGUCAUCACGUCUCCUCCUCGGCCACACCCCGUUCGUCCUCACCCACCGUCACUGAUGAUCUGUCCCCGUCCGUCCUCCACCUGAGGACACCCACCCACAACCCUCCGUCCUGAACGUCCAUAGAGUAGCUGUGAUGCAAAAGAAGAGAAUUUAAACACGAACGUUUGUCUUGAAAACAAUGUGAACAAAGUGUAUGUGAAAUAAACGGUUUACAGUUUA